CAAGGUAUCAAAGUACAGAAAAUCAGUCUUUCAAAAUUGUACAAAUAGGUUACAUUAAACUUACUGCAAUCGCUAGAGUAAAACACAAGAUGUCUUCGAACAAAUCCAUUGAUAUGACGGCUUUACCAGUUAUAGACAUUAAGGAAGCGAAAAUAGAUCGUGAAGUUGCGGGGAAAAAGGUUGUUGACAUUCUUGAGAACGUAGGGUUUGCCUAUGUGGACAACGUAGAUGGAAUUGACUACAAGGGAUUGUGGGAUUGUUGCCAAUGGUUUUUCAAUAAACCAAUGGAUUUUAAAAAGAAAAUCAUGAGGAAGCAGUGGAAUCCGGAAAACACAAAUCUUUAUCGGGGUUAUUUCCCUGUUGUGGAAGGAGAACCAAGCAGAAAGGAAGCAUUUGAAUUUGCGAGAGAUGUUCCACCUGAUGAUACGACGGUGUCGCCUACCAACUGGUUUUACGAGAAAUCCACAUGGCCGGGGGAAGAUGGAGCGUUCCCUUUUAAGAAGUUUCUUCAGCAGCAGUACGAAGUAAUGCACGAGACAUGCAUGGAGAUACUUCGACUCUCAGCAAUAGGGCUUGGAAUACCUGAGAAUUCGUUUAUGCACCUGUUUGAGGACAAACCAUGCUCUACAUUUCGAUUGUUGCAUUAUCCGCCGUGGGAAGGCGAACCCCCAAAGAACGCGUUCAUAGAAGAUGGAAAGGUCUUAACCACUCCGGAGCAUGCGGACUCUGACUUUAUGACAUUGCUAACACCUUUUGAUUUUGGUGGUCUGGAGAUAAUGCAAGCAGAUGGCAAGUGGGCGGAGGUGAUAAACCGUCCUGGAAGUCUCGUGAUGAAUAUCGGUGUAACGUUUUCGCGCAUGCUCGGCGGAAAGUUUAAAGCAACACGUCAUCGUGUGAUAGAUAUAGGAAUUGAUAGAUACUCUGUUCCAUUUUUUCUCAGUCCCCAUUUCGAUGGAGAUAUAGGUAUCAACUACUUAUACAAGUACACAGGAGAAGGACCAAAGCAUGUACCUGAGAAAUAUGGUCCUUGGGUACUACAUAGAAUGAAACACGAGCAAAAGUACUUUGAGUAUAAAGUGUUACCAGAGAUAGACGAAUGAUAUUAAACCACCGCUUAAAAAACAAUUUUGUUGAAGAAUAAAUUAAAGAUUUCUUUACUUCCAUCUGUUGUCAGCCUCAGUUUAAAGCAAUCAUUGUAUUAUUCAGUGCGACAAUUUCUUUUCAAGAAGCAAUAGAAAUGAUGAAAUGUUCAAAUAACACAAGAAUUAAUUGACACUGAACUACAUGUGGCGUGGUCACGGCAAGAACCCUUGUCAUUCAAUCCCAGGUUUUCGCUUAGGCAGCCAAAUGCAGACAAACAAUUGUGAAACUGAUAUACAUGUAUAUUGAAUACUAGUAUAUAAAUGUUUAACAAUACUGUAUCUAUAAAUACAUGUACCCGAACCGUAUGUUGUUAGAAAACUACUUUUGCCAUCUGCGAUAUGUUACAAGUAUAGCGUUACUGUAUCGAAA